UGAAGUGGUUUGUCGCAGAAUUGCAACAAGAUUUACUGCUUUGUGUGUUGUUGAAACUACAAAAACACCUGUUUGAAAACUUAUACAGUUAGAUGAUUAUAUUUUAUUCUUUACUUCUGAUUCUCUAAAUUAAAACUUAUGAAUAAAAACAGGUUUAAAAUUAGAUUGUGCAGCAAUGCUAAUAUAGUAGAUUGUAUUAGUUUUUGCAGUUUUGCCAAAUUAAUACAUUUGAAUUUCAAUAGGAGCAAAUGGAUGGAGCUCUAUACUUUCAUUCUCUCAAUGUUUUUUGUUUUUUUUAUAUAUAAAAUUAUAACUUACCAGACUAAUGAUUAAACCUAAUGGUUUUUGUUUAUUUGUUUUAAUUGCAAAAUAAUUUAAAUAUUUUUAAAUGUCUGUUUUAAAUGAUUAAUGACCAUCUUGCUUUGUAUUUAUUGAUUGAUCAAAUAACUUACUGUAGCACCAAAUUAUAGAACAACAAGCAUUAAGUGCAAACUGUGAUCUUUUUCAAAUAUCAACAUUGCUUUCACUUGCGCCUUGCCAAAAAAUUUUAUUGUUUUUUUUUUUUUUGUUUUUUUUUUUGGUCACAUAUUAACUUUGGUCUCUCCAAAACAUUUCUGCUGAUUCGGCUCUUUCUGGACUGGUCCACUGUGUCACAUAAAGGGUGGCUAAGGCUAAAAUUGCACUAAAAAAACUAUAAAAUAAAAUAAAACUAUGCAACUUUACUUACAGUUUACACAGCAUGGAUAAGUAACACAAAGUUUAAAAUAAAUGUAAAGACUUUGUUUACUACCAAGAAUGCAUGAGAGCCCCCGUUACAUGCUAGUAAUGGUUAAGUCCACCUCUGUAUUUUUAGGUUUAUCUGUUGAAGCAAGGUUCAAGUGUGUAUUUUCUGCUCCAAUCUUGUAUCAAGCUUUCAUUUCUGAAUAUGACAACAGCAUAAUAAGACAGCAAAAUUAGAUCAUAAUUAAAUUAAAGAAAAGACAACAAAGAAAAGAAGGGAUUAACCUUUAAAAAAUAUCUUAAGUGUCCUGGAAGUAUUUGAACAUCAGCAAAAAGGAAAAAAAAUGGAACUGAGCAAAUCAGAAAAGGAAAAUGUGAAACAAGGAAAUGAUAACGAGGCUUUUGAACUGGAGAAUCAUGUAUGCAUCAAUGAGGAGUGUGGCUCUGGAACCACAACACAUACGUGCAACAUAACAGACAACGACAAAAACUUCCUUAAGAGGAAACUUGAAGCCCUUCAGAGCUGUUUGGGAAGCCACAAAACCAAGAUUCAACUGAUCAUAAACCUGGUUUUAGCAGCAGGUUUUGUUGCUAUGGUUACUGCAGCCUGUGUUGUGAACUUUCAUCGUGCUGUGGGGCUGCUGGUCAUCUCCUUGGUAACCAUAUUCUUCCUGGUUUGGGAUUGGGUGAUGGAGCGCUAUGGCGACCAGGUGUGGGAGGUUCUCGCUCCGGUCAAAAACAUUCUCAAAAGAAAUUGGUUUUGGAUCAGAUGGAUGGUGUAUGUAUUGCUACUGGCAGCUGUGGUUUGCUGGCUUGUUCUGGACACGGCCCAGAGGGGGACCAGACAGUUGGUGUCCUUUGGUGGCUUGCUGCUUCUUGUCUUUUUAAUGAUAGUUUUCUCCAAACACCCAUUCAAGUGGUCAUGGCAGACUUUAAUCAGUGGGAUUGGACUACAGUUUGUCUUUGGUCUGCUCAUCCUGAGGACUGAGUUUGGCUUACAAGCACUAACAUGGGUUGGGAACAAAGUAGAGAUGUUUUUGUCAUUCACAGAUGCUGGAUCAAAAUUUGUGUUUGGUGACAAUUUCACAGACCACUUUUUUGUCUUCAGGGUGAUGCCGAUAUUGGUUUUUCUGAGCUCUGUCAUUUCCAUCCUCUACUAUGUUGGUUUCAUGCCCUGGCUGAUUUGCAAGAUUGGAUUUGUGAUGCAGGUUACCAUGGGAACGUCUCCAACAGAGUCAAUGGUCGCAGCUGGAAACAUAUUUCUAGGACUGACGGACUCGCCUCUCCUGAUUCGCCCGUACAUCAGUGAACUCACUGUCUCAGAGAUCCAUGCUGUGAUGACUGGAGGCUUUGCCAGCAUCUCCGGCACCAUUUUGGGAGCCUUUAUCUCCUUGGGAGUUGAUGCAACACACUUGCUGACCGCAUCACUGAUGUCUGCUCCAGCAUCAUUGGCUAUCGCCAAGAUAUUCUGGCCUGAAAGAAACAAAACUGUCUUCAUUUCUAACAAGGACCUCAAACUUAUGAAUGGAGAGAAUAAGAACCUGUUAGAGGCGGCGUCUCAAGGUGCGUCUCGCACCGUUCGUUUGGUAGGGAGCAUCAUAACAAACAUCAUUGCCUUCCUGGCACUGCUGGCCUUUUUAGAUGCCGUCCUCUCCUGGCUUGGUGGCUUAUUCGAUUAUCCUCAGCUCAGCUUCUCGCUCAUCUGUUCCUAUGUGUUCAUGCCCCUGUCCUUCAUGAUGGGUGUUUCCUGGGAUGACAGCUUCCUUGUGGCUGAACUGAUUGGGUUAAAGACAUUUCUCAAUGAGUUCGUGGCUUACCAGAGGCUGUCAGAGUUCAUAAAGAGGAGGGAGGCAGGCGGGCCGGAAUACGUGAAUGAUGUUAAGCAGUACAUCUCAGUUCACUCUGAAACGAUUGCAAUCUACGCUUUGUGUGGAUUUUCUAAUAUUGCUUCCCUGGGGAUGUCUAUCGGGGCUCUGUCUGCAAUGGCUCCAAACAAAAGAUCUGACAUCUCCAGAGUUGGACCAAGAGCUCUGAUUGCAGGCAGUGUUGCUUGUUUCAUGACGGCUUGUAUUGCAGGUGUGUUAUACAUCCCUGAUUGUCCACUUUUACUGAACGCAGAGUUCAACAGCAACAUAACCGGCCGUGCUGAAGUCCUUCAAUGCUGCUCUCAACUUUAUAGCAGCGUGACGGUGCAUGAGCCAUUGAACGUGACGGCUGGAGGAGGAUUCACCCAGAGCAGCCUGCUGGGCUGCUGCGCACUCACACCCCCAAAACACUUCAACUGCAGUCUGGCACAAUGAAUACCUGCAAACAAGAAGAAAAAUAGCAGUAGAAGUGUCAGUCAUUUCAUUGAAUACACUUGUAAAAUAAUAUAUUUGUAUAAAAUGAAUUGGGUCCACUAUGUAUUAUGAUAAAAUAAAUCAGUUAAAUGUACCCUCAUUUACACACCAACUUAAGAUUAUGAUCAAUUGUUAUUUUAGUGGUAUAAAUAUGUCCUUGUUUUAGUAAAAAAAAAAGAUAUCAAAGCACAAAAAAGGUUAAAAAAUAUUAUAUAUAUUUUCUUGUUAAUGUUUUACUAAAAUGUAGUUUUAUUGAUUUAAAUUUGUGUACUAUGGAGCUCCCAAAGAGACAAAGAAGUACAAAUUUUUUUUUUUUUCAUAAAAUAUGAUUAAAAAAAUAUGGUUACUAUCUGGUCACACCAGUUAGUAAAAAAAAUACAAAAAUUGAAGCAGAAAAAAUAAUUAUUUUGGGGGGUUACUAUCUGGUACGCACCACUUAGUAACCAGAAAAUGUUGUUGUUUUUUAACUUCAAUCAAAAAAAAAUAAUAAUAAGUCACUAUCUAGUGCGCACCAGAAUAAAACUAUUUUUUACCUAAAUUUUUAGAAAAAAUAAAUAAAUAUUUUUUUUUACUUCAAGUUUUAGAAACAUUUUUUUUUACUUCGUUAUCCCUUUAGGGGCUCCAUAGUAUUCCCUUUAUUUUAAUGCUUUUAUUUACUGUAUUCUAUUCAAUACCAAAAAAGCACCAAUAGGGAUAUGUCUUGUUUUGUGAGUUGUAUGAAUUUAUUUUAAGUUUGUGCUGUAAUAUUUCACAGAAAAAGCCAGUAAUUAAGAGUUUCAUGAUAUAAUUUUAACCAUUUAAAUAAAAACGUUGUUAAAUUUACUUAGCCAAAACAGCACAUUUUCUUGCUUUGCUGAUAUUUAUAAAUUAUCCAGUAGAUGUCCCUGUUGACUUCUAGUUCUCCUCCAACAAUGAGCGCAUGGUGCUCCUCAGGCCUGCUGAUGCCAAGAGAGGCAAACUGCUCUGACUUUCAGUCCAACGUUCCAAGAAUGCGGCUCAUUAAAACGGAUCAAAAGUGAUACACAUGGUCUGCCCACGGAACAAAGAGGAAGCUAUUGGGCCGCAGAUUUCUGACAUAUGCGCGAGUGAGACAGGCAUGCAGUCAUAGAAACAGCAAAUGACACACUCGUCAUUAAAAAAGCGCAUGAGUAAAAGGUCAGAUGGCUCCUUCUUCGUGGGCAGGAGGACUGUUCACACGUGUGAAUUUCACACAUCCAUUGAGAGGGAACAUUAAAAUGAGCCAUCAAAGACUGACACUUUUUAGGACUUUGUGUCACCCUCAGUCCUUUCAUAAAGAAUAAGAGGUUUAGUUCAAGAAACGUAGAAAUGUUUCUAGUUCAAUAAUUAUUUUAUUGUUUAAGUGUUAGGUCCCAAAAGAACAGAAUUUAUUUUUCUUGUUUGGUGUGUUUGCGCCCUUAAAAAAAUAAACAUUUCAUCGCUAUAAAGCCA